AUGGCGACUGACGUGGUGUUUGACACGAGUAUGGGCUCGUUCACGGUAGAGCUUUACAACGAGCAUGCGCCAAAGACUUGCAGGAAUUUCGCAACUCUGGCACAACGAGGUUAUUAUAACAACAUAAUUUUCCACCGCAUUAUCCCCAACUUCAUGGUACAGACCGGCGACCCUACUGGUACCGGCAGGGGAGGCAGUUCAAUCUACGGCGAGAAGUUUGAGGAUGAGAUUCACCCGGGUCUCAAGCACACAGGAGCUGGCGUCUUGAGCAUGGCGAAUAGUGGACCCAACACCAACGGCAGCCAGUUCUUCAUCACCCUUGCGCCUACACCGUGGUUAGAUGGAAAGCACACAAUUUUCGGGCGUGUGAAAAGCGGAAUGCGAGUAAUACAGCGAAUGGGACUCGUCAAAACAAAUUCCGAGGAUAGGCCGGUCGAUGAGGUCAAGAUUAUUCGCGCCAAAGUCGUGGAAGAAGGCGAGGAGUGA